UUAAAUCUCAUUGGUCGGAAUUAUCAGAACCUUGAAAACUCAGCCUAUUUAAUGCGCUUCCUAGUGGGCAAGAAGUAGGCCUAUUGAACCUGCAAAAACUUGUAAGUUAAGGAAAGCAUUGGUAACGGCGCCUCUUUCUGCUGCUUAUUCCACAAUUUUCAGACGUCCACGUCAGCUUUUAUUACAUUUUCAUACUUAUUCUAGCUUCCAAGGACCAGAAUGAUUCCAUUGGUGGUGUUCUUCACGGCAAUCAUCGUGUCGUCCGCACUUCCUUUGACGAAACAAGAAUCUGCUUAUUGGCAAAAAAUUGUCGACCAACACACAGGACUUGAUCCAAAUGAAAUAGCUGCAAAAGUCAAGGAAGAAUUCUCUAAUAAUGGACUCGUGCCAUCAGCCGGACAGGCCUUUGAAGAUGUUGACUGGCAGAGGUAUCUUAAUGCCGGUGAAGAGAUAAACAACGGACAAGAUUUUGAUAAAGUCAUGGAAGGGAAAUUCUCUAAUAAUGAACUCGUGCCAUCAGUUGAACAAAGUAUCACAUAUGUUGAUUGGCAGAAAGAUAUUGAGGCCGGUGAGGAGAUUAGGAAUUUAAAAGAUCUUAUUAAAAUGAGAGCCGAUAUGAUGGGUCACUUGACGCUGAACCAGGGAAGUUUAACUAAAAGUCCUUGGCUGAACGGUAUGCCCCAGACAAAGUAUAAUAACGACCUCAUGACGUCAUCCGCUAGCCCAAGACCUGAAGAUGGUGACUCGCAGAAAUAUGCUGAGGCCGAUGCCGAGGACGAUGAAGAGAUUAAAAAAGAAGAAUAUGUGUUGAAAAAAAUAUAUCGCCCGAAGUUCCACCGAGGGGCUUUGUGGGGUCGCCCGACGUUCCACCGAGGUGCUUUGUGGGGUUAAUUAAAAUGAAGAUCGCAACUAUCUACCAUAUAAACCAGUCUCUUUAAAAAGCAAAUAAAAUAAACAAAAAUUUAAAAAAAACUUAGCAUAAUUCCAACUAUACUCAUACAGUAAAAUUACACAUUUCGAACAAUUGUUUUUUUUUCUUUUGUCAUUGAAAAAAGCAUAUUUUUUUUAACAUUAUUGUAGGGAUAUUCGAACAUACAGUUCUUAAAUUUUGAUGUUACCAUGUGCUAUCUCGUAAUUGAUAAUGCAUUAUCUUGUAUGAUAUUGUUUUGUAAUGAUGUAGAAUAUUGGAAAAUUUUAUAAUAGGGGUAUCAGUGA